AUGCCCCAUAGUCACUGUAAUCACGCAAAUCACGAUCACGGCCAUGGAAGCCCUGAAGAAAUCGGUAUACAGUACAACCUAUUUGAGAAAAUCGAUAAAGAGAAUCUUCAAUGUCUUAAUGAAAGUGUUGACGGCUCAGGGCAAACAGUGUUUAAACCCUGGGACAAGAGGCUAGAUCACUCCCAAUAUGUUGAAAGUGAUGCCGAUGAAGAGUUACUAUUCAAUGUGCCAUUCACUGGCAAUGUAAAACUUAAAGGUAUUAUAAUUAUGUCCGAAGAUUCUAAUUCACAUCCAGCUAAGCUGAGAUUGUUCAAAAAUAAACCUAAUAUGACAUUUGAUGAUGUCUCCAUGGAACCAGAUCAGGAGUUUGAAUUACAAAAAGAUAUUGAAGGAGUCUUGGAGUAUAUUCCUAAAAUAGUCACAUUUUCAUCCGUGUCACAUUUAACAAUGCACUUUUCUGCGAAUUUUGGUGCAGAAACUACAAAAAUUUAUUAUAUUGGGUUAAAAGGAGAAUGGACACAAGGACAUAAACAUGGAGUCACUAUCUGUACAUACGAAGCAAGACCUAUGAUAGAUGAUCACAAAUUAAAACAUUUAGAUUCAGUUAACAGACCAAUAGAAUAG